AUGGGAAUUAAUAUUGUUUCAGCCAUGGGAGUUUGUUUGGGAAGCCAAGUGAAAGCUGAAGGCCAAACUAAUUCUGUUUCAGGGUUAAGUUCAAAGAAUGUGAAUGUUGUUGAUACAGAAGAUGUCACUCUCAGUAGCUCAACUAGUGAGAUUGAGAUACCGGCGGGAUCGGUGCCUCGGGCUGACUCGUGUGAGGGGGAGAUUUUGCAAUCAUCCAAUUUGAAGAGUUUUGCUUUGACAGAACUUCAGGCUGCCACGAGAAAUUUCCGUGUAGACAGUGUGUUAGGAGAUGGAGGUUUUGGAUCAGUUUUUAAGGGCUGGAUUGAUGAACACUCGGCUUCUGCUGCUAAGCCUGGCAAAGGCAUUGUUGUUGCUGUCAAAAAACUUCAUCAGGAUGGCUUCAAAAGUCAUGAGGAGAUGUUGGCUGAUGUCAAUUAUCUAGGCCAGCUUUCACAUCCUCAUCUAGUGAAACUGAUUGGAUACUGCCUUGAAGAUGAAAACAAUCUUCUGGUAUACGAAUUUAUGCCUCGUGGCAGCUUGGAGAAUCACUUGUUUCUCAGAGGCUCAUAUUUUCAACCUCUUUCUUGGAGCCUACGUUUGAAGGUUGCUCUUGGUGUUGCGAAAGGCCUCGCAUUUCUUUACAGUGCUGAGAAAAAAGUGAUGUACCGAAAUUUCAAGACUUCAAAUGUCUUGCUAGAUUCGGAUUAUAAUGCAAAGCUUUCUAAUUUUGGGCUGGCAAAGGUCGGGUCUGCGGUUGAUAAAGGUCGUGUCUCCACCGUAUUAACUUAUGGAUAUGCAGCUCCAGAAUAUGUAGCCACUGGUAUUCACAGAGCUAUAAGUGGUGUCUAUAGUUUCGGAGUUGUCCUGUUGGAAAUAUUAUCAGGGAGGAGAGUUAUUGACAAGAAUAGACCACACAGACAACAGAAUUUGGUGGAAUGGGCUAAGCCUUAUCUGCCCAACAAGCGUAAGAUUUUGCGCGUAAUGGAUAACCGUCUUGAAGGCCAAUAUGAACUAGACGAUGCAUAUAAGGUUGCUACACUCUCCCUAAGAUGCCUUGCAACAGAAGCCAAGUUGAGACCAAACAUGGAUGAGGUUGUUACAAAUUUGGAGCAGUUACAGGUUCAACAUGUAAAUGGAUGCAAUCAGAAUCGUUUGCGUAGAAGAAGUGCUGAUGAUGUUACCCGUGUUAUAGCAACCACGGCUUUUCCUCAACGCUCUACGUCUAUGCUCUGUACAUGA